GAAAAUGUCCAUCGGAAUGAUGGAAAAUGAAAUCGGUGAGCUAAAGCACAAAUUGUAAAUCAUCUGAACAGUUUCCCCUGUUGGCCAGUGCAGCAGCAGCAACACUGCAAGCACGAUUGAAUCGCCGGUUGCAGCGACCCAAAGUCACCCCACAACAAAAGCCCUUUUUGCUCCUUCUUCCAAUGACUCACCCACGAGGCUUUAUGCCAGCGCAUCCAAGAAGCCCCGUUGUCCAUUCCUUCAUUCCAAAGCCCUACCGCACUCGUAGUCCCUUGCGGUAAAAGGGCAGCGAACCGUGUCGUUUUUUUGCUCUUCACAUGGUUGGGACAAGUCGAGCGACAUGAGUUUGUCAUCGACCGCCAGAAAUACCUUUCGUCGGUUUUUUUUUUUUUUUUUUUGGCUGAACUCUCGGCGUAUGAGGAGGGUGUGAGGUUUGACAGGCUUCUUCUUUGUAAUCGUCAGCCUCUACUCCGGGGUAUUCCAGCGCACGAGUAUAAAGAUAACUGCACACGCAUGGUUAGCUCUUUUGUGUUCGCUUUCUUUUUUAUGCCUGAAAAUCGUCAAGACAACUUUCAUUAAAACAAACGCACAGUAUAUUCCAUGGCGUACUUUUCAGCAUAUCCGACAGCCACCUACCCCCUGCUAGACCUUUAUCCGCAGGAAAUGACUGUCAUGGACGGCUAUCUCGAUCCGGCUACCAUGCUUCUCCUAGCCCCUUCACCCCUUCCCACCUCUCUUCAGUCCCCACCCUAUAUGGACAAUCGUUUAAUGUUGACAGGCUACGAAGCGUUUUCGAGUCCACCAUGCCAAGAGUAUUCAUUUUUUGAUGAGGUACCUGUACCGGAAAUUGUGGUAGACGGUAUGCCACCAACCCCUCAAAGCGCCUUUCUAACGGAGGAUGAGACGGACAUGUCGAACUUUUCGGUCGAGUUUCCUUCUUCGAGUCCUCUUGGCGCACCGGUGGAAUUUCCGCUCACUCCGCAAAGUCUCACAGCGACAGAAGAUCCUCUCAUGACCAGUCCGUCAAUGAGCGAUCUGGACUUGUUCAUGCUGAACACCUUGGUCCAACCUGUAUUAAAGAAACCCAUGGAACGAGAAGAUCAAAAGCAACACGAACGCUCAGCGACAAACGUCAGCAUCAUGUCACCCAUACAAAAACAGACACCCACAUCCACAUCACGCACUGAACAACCUUCAAAUCUCCCCCUACGGCGGCACCCCUGCUCAGCAUGCCCGAAAAGCUUUACACGCCGCUACAACCUCCUCGCGCACAUCCGCGGAGCCCACUCUCAUACUCGCCCCUUCAAAUGUCCACAGUGCCCUUUGGCAUUUGCUCGUAAGCACGAUUUUCUACGUCACAAAGUAUCCUUGCACACGGUGGGACGCAAGCCUUUUGAAUGUCCGCAUUGUGACUUGACAUUUGCGAGGAGCGAUGCGUUGAAAAGGCAUGUGGCAGUUGAGAAAAGAAAAAGGGCAGCGAAAAAGUGAGGAUGAUGGGGGGAGGUACAAAUGGUGGUGGCAUACAAAAAAAACCCAAACGAUUCUGUAGAUAUUUUCUUUCAUUCUUCAUAUAGGUUGGUUUGUACAUAGCAGGAUACCCAUUUUCAACUUGUAAAAUUCCAUAGGCGUUUUUGGCACCUUGUAUAUCUCAAAGGGUGGAUGGACGUACCCAACACUCACGCACAACUAGUAUAUUGAAAAUAUGCGAGAAGUUUCAAGAGAUGCUAUUCUCUAAUAAAUGCAGAAAAGUGAAAAAAAAAA